AUGGCCGACUACACCAAUCUCCCCGAUUUUGACAGCCUUCCAAAAGUCAAGGAUAUGCCCCAGGGUUGCGCCUGGGGAGUCUUUGACAAAGAUGGCAAGAAAGAUCAUCUUGGUUGCCUCAAUCUCCUGAGUACCAAAGUCGUACAGGAAGCAUUCAAAGAGGCUCGUGACGGAGUCUCCAUCUCACUGAAUUGGCCCAUCGGAGCUAUCAAGAAGCCGGGCUUCCUACGUAAAGGGCUUGAACACAAAAUCAUCUCUUUCAAAGAGUCUCCUUUUGACAUUCACGCCUACGACGAUGAACUCGAAUUCAACACCCAGUGCUCCUCUCAAUGGGACUCUCUUGUCCACUUCGCACAUCAACCCACGGGCCUCAAUUACAACGGUACCAGUCCAGCAAGGACUGACCUCAUCCAAGCCUUUGGUGAGGCCGAUCUAGACAAGACCCUCCCUACCUUGAACCAUUGGCACGACCGUGGCGGCUUAGUCGGUCGUGGAGUUCUCCUCGAUUAUCGGGCAUACGCAGAAGCCAAGGGCAUCUCAUACGACUGCUUUUCAGCACAUGCAAUCUCGGUGCAAGACCUGGAGGCUGUGGCAGAGCACCAGGGCACCAAAUUCAAGCAUGGUGAUAUCGUGAUUGUGCGUUCUGGCUUCACCGAGGACCUAGGUGAUGCAUCAGCUGAAGAGCAGGAGCAAAAGCUUGGGACUCAUAAGGCCGUCGGCGUCAAAGGCAAUCGUGAGAGUGCCAAGUGGUUCUGGAAUCAUCAUUUUGCGGCCGUGGCGGGAGAUGCCAUUGCGUUUGAGGUCCUACCACCGACGAUUGAGGAUGAGGAUAACCGGGAAGGUUCCAUUGGCGAGCUUGUGCUUCAUCAAUACUUCCUCUCGCUGUUCGGGCUCAAUAUCGGAGAGCUGUGGGAUUUGAAAGCCCUCGGGGCCCAUUGCAAGAAGGUCGGUCGCUACGAGUUCUUGCUCACUAGCGUGCCACUCAAUGUCCCUGGUGGCGUUGGUAGCCCUCCGAACGCACUUGCGAUCUUCUGA